UAGACCCGAAGUAGGGUUCUUUUCCCAAAUUACGAUCGAUCGAUGAGGAGCGAUGUGUGGAGCGCACUGGGCCCGUCGCUGGCCGGCGCUGUGUUUGGCGCGGGAUGGUGGUUCUGGGUGGACGCCAUCGUUUGCAGCAAUGUCACGGUGCCCUUUGUACAGUAUUUGCCAGGGAUCUGCGCGUCGCUCGCUGCGCUCAUGUUCAAUUGCGUGAGACGAGAGGAGCUUCAGGAUUACUCUCCCUACGAUGAUGAGAGCUGCAGAUCGAGGGCAUGGCUGUUCAUCGCCUACGUUGUUUCGUUUGUGUCAUUGGCUGGAUCCGUUGGAAUUCUCAUCCAGGAUUCUUUGCUUCCGACUGGUCCUAGCGCGUGGACGGGCGUGGCUGGAGUGUUGCAAUGCUUCUUGGUACUCGUGAGUGGUCUCAUAUUCUGGACUUCAAGAUCGCCCUCUGAUUACUACUGAGACAAUGUGAUUCUAAAGUGUAAACUAAAUGUGAAAAGCGUUUUUACCAGAUACAUCCAGGGGAUAGCGAGGGUCAAGACUGAAUCUGAAGGUCGAGAGUGUUCGAUCCACGCUCAUCACACCAUGGUGAUGUUUCAUUUUUGAUACCAAAAUUUACCACAUGGGUAACUAUACAUCAAUUUAAACUUAACACAUUGGAAAA